AUGUCUAUUAUGGUGGCAAAAAUUUCAAAUUUUAAGAUUAGGUUUAGUCAGUCUAGGAGGCUUCGCCUCCCUCUCCUCGUUCUCCACAUACAAGUGCUUCGUCGGGACCCCCUCCAAAUCGACGUCAAGGUCACCGUCUUCAUCUCCGGCCGCCGCGCUCCGGCGAGAUUUCCGAACGCUACGGCCAUCUUCCGGCGCCACGGACACUGCCCUCGACUUCCUGGACACCUCCGCCAUGGACGGGAGCACGGGAAACUCGCCGCCUUUGAUCUACGUCGCCACAAGCUUCAACGCCAUGCCAGGAUACUCUUCAAGGUCUCCUCCUUCCCUGCCCGUGCGGAACACAGAGCCGGAGCGUCCGAGUCGACUACCUCCACCCGCGUCCACGACGGUGAUCACCACGACCAUCUUCUUCCCCGACGUCUUCACGCGAGCCGAGGCGAAUCCCUUCGCCAGAAACCUCUCGGAUCGCGAAGAGGUGUUGUGAGAUACGACAAGUUCUUCUGCAGCUUUUCACAGGUACGAGAUGACGAUGUUAGCAAGGUUACCCUUCCGGCUUGGCCUGGGCAGGGUUAUGGACGCCACUGGUUAUCUUCAGGACUCUUAGUCCAAUUUGUAUCUUGUCCGUACUCGGACGCAUUCGAUCUUCUGUAUGACUUGGAUCUUUGUAUUGUAUAUUUGUAUCUUGACUCGUUGGAGUCGUUGUUGUAAUAUAUGUUUCUUGUGGGCUC